AGGAUUUCUAAUAUUUCAAUUUAUACAACGUCAGAAUGAAGUAUUUUGUUCAUCUUCUCCUUGUUGUUCUACUCACAAUUUAUGAGCGAUGCAAUGCUCAGUCCUGUGUGGUGGAUUCUAUUCCAGUAAAAGAAAACCUUGAUUUAAAAAGGUAUGCUGGGAAAUGGUAUGCAAUCGGAAAAAAAGACCCAGAAGGACUGUUCCUGCAGGACAAUAUUUCCGCUGAUCAUAUAGUAGAGGAAGAUGGUACAAUGACUGCAAGAUCGAAGGGAAGAGUUAAACUUUUUGGAUUCUGGCUUAUUUGUGCAGAUAUGGCAGCUCAGUAUACAUUUCCAGACCCAAGCAUCCCAGCCAAAAUGUACAUGACUUACCAAGGACUGGCAAGCUAUCUAUCAAGUGGAGGUGAUAACUACUGGGUAAUCGAUACAGAUUAUGACAACUAUGCAGUUACAUAUGCCUGCCGCUCUCUUAAAGAAGAUGGAACUUGCAAUGAUGGCUAUUCUAUUAUAUUCUCCCGCAAUCCACGUGGAUUUUCACAGGCUAUAAUGAGAACUGUUCGCCAAAAGCAGGAAGAAAUGUGCUUGUCUGGGCAAUUCCAGCCUGUUCUACAAUCAGGAGCAUGUUAAAAGAAAGAAAACAAGGAUCUUAUCUUCUUGAUGAACACAGAACAGGCUUUCUCAUCGUUGAGCUAUUUGGCAUUUCAAAACUAUUGGCUCUAUAGUCUGUUAAUGUAGAACACAAUAACUUUUAAAAUACGUUUAAGUAAAAUUUCUCUACCCAAAUGUAAAACCACACUGAAUAAUCAAUAUCUACACAAGGAAUGAUACACCCACAUAAUAUACCCAUAUAACCACAAAACUUUAAUAUCUGGAUAUUUUAAAUUAGGGGUACACUAUUUCGUAUAACACAAAAGUGAAUCACAUGACAAAGAUUUUAGUUGAUGAUGUAACUAAGCUCUGCUUAAUUAUAUAGUGAAUAAUGUACCCCCUAUUGUAAAAUAUAUGGAUAUUAUAGACACCAAGAAGUUCUAUAACCAUAUAUAAGCACAAGUCCUAAAGCAGAGGUGACUUCUAAUAUCCUCAUAUUUUACAAGAGGGAGAGCAUAAUAUAUUAUAAUACACAAGUUCCAAUGAGUAAUGUGACAGAAAUUACAUCACCAAACAGUUUGUGAAUGCUGUUUUUGUAUUUGCCUUAGACAUGACUGUUUUCAUAUUUAUUACUGUAUUCCAUUAAAAUUUAAUAAGAAAACUGCCUUGGCUUUUAAAAAACAGACAAUAUAUUUUCAUGACAUUUUAGGAGUCAUUUAUUAAAGGUUGAGUUGUGUUUUCCCAUACAAGUUUUUUUUACGGUGUGUUGUGCUCGAAAAUUUAAUAAAUUCAAGGUAAUCAAGUUCCCCCCCCCUCCAGAUUGCAUUCAAUUAAGUUUUUUUACAUUCUGAUUUUUUCAUAAACAAGCAAACAUUGGAGUUUAUUCGAGGUAAAAAACUUCACAAACUCAACCUUUGAUAAAUAACCCUCAAUGUUACUUGUGCUCAAAAUAUUACACACCAAAUGUAUUAUUGAAUAAAACACAACAAAUACAUUAUUUUA